AUGCAGUCCCCGCAAGAACCAGGCAUCGACGCCUCUGAUGGCUCGGCCUUCCCCUUGAUCCUCGAGCACUGCAUGCUCAACCCCGCCUCCUACGAGAUCCCCCUGCGCAGCAUGUACACCCUCAACUGCCAGACUCGCCCGCUGGCCCCAAACUCUGCCUUUAAGGAAUCCGCCUUUGCCAGCCCCGCCAUGCAGAACUCGCCCGAGCCUGUCGCCGACGCCGCCUCGCAGUUCAAGGCCCAGCUGAUCUCGCACAUUGCCAAGUCACCCCACCAGCUCUCGCUGCCCGUCGGCUUCAUGGUCAACUUUGUGCGCCGUGUGUUUGCCGCCAACCUGGAGAUUGUCGAUUUCCCCCAGGCCCUCACCGCCCUGGACUAUCUCAAGAACCUCGAGAGACGCCGCCACAAGGAUGUCGUGGCCGCCUUCAAGAGCUUGGCCAUUGAUGUCAGCAACGACUCUUCGCCCUUUCUGCGCUGCAGCCCUCACCAGAAGCAGCAGCUACAGGAGAAAUACCCCGGCGUUGUGCGUUGGAUCGAGUCCAUCGAAGACAAGGAACGCAAAGCCCAUCACUACUACAAAAAUGUCUGCGUCAGCUUGCGUCGCUGGACCUUGAUCAACGAGAUCUGGCUGGAGCCAUUCAACAAGGCCAACUGUCUGGCUAUGCUAAACACCCUGUUUCCUCCAGUCACCCCGCUCACUCCCACUUCCAAGGUGCCAAACGGGGAAUUGAAUCCUGAAGAUUUGAGCCGUCAGCGCCAAGGUUUCUUCAACUACAUCAAGAGCGUCGAGCGCCAUGGAAAAGCCGCCAUUGAAAACGUCCUCAAGUCGGGAGCCCGCCCAGGCGAGGAAACCGCAUGGCCCCUGGUCCACGAGUUCUUGCAGAGGUACCUCGAUGUUGCCCACGACACCAUCUACGAGUGCUCGGCAAUCGAGAACCGCGACUGCUUGGAGGCUGAAGUGCGCAGCAAGACUCAUAAGCGCAGCGCUGAUUCUGGUGUGAGCUUUGCCUCGGUCGACGAUUCGCUCUCUACUGCCAGUCGUGCUGUCACCCCCAGUGACAAGUCUCGUUCUCCUACCCCCGACUCCAAAAACAGCAAAUCCACCUUGGAGAAAAUCAACCAUCAACUGCGCAAAAUCCGUUCGCGUCCAGACGGCAAGGAUUUUGGAAAACCAAAGUCGCUCACCAAGAAAAAGUCCUUCACGGCUCUCAUCGGUGGACGCUCUGCUAGCAGCUCCAGUGACGAAACCCCCUUUGACGUCGACGAGUUCAAGCGCCAGCGCAUGAUCUGGGAAGCCAACGAGAGAAAGCGCGCCAAAGCUGCAGACGCCGAGAAAAGCGUCUUUGAAAAGUGA